AGCUGCUGAUGCUAAAUGUCGGCUGGCGUUCGCGGCACAUCGGCUUCUUUAUGCUCUUGAUUUGGUACCUGCUUUCUGUCCAGAGAGCCACUUUGGAGCUAUGUGGCUCUUUGCACAUCUGUGCCUUGUGCUUAGCUUUCUGGGAGGAGUGAGCUGUACCUGUCCCUCUCAGUGCACCUGUGUUUUUCAUGGCGGAAAUGACGGCUCAGGAUCAAGGUCAGUGUUGUGUAACGACUUGGAUAUGAAUGAAGUUCCUACAAAUUUCCCCGUGGACACCGUGAAGCUCCGCAUAGAGAAGACCGUGGUGCGCAGAAUCCCCGCCGAGGCCUUCUACUACCUGGUGGAGCUGGAGUACCUCUGGCUCCCGUACAACUCGGUGGCCAGCGUAGAAAGCAGUGGCUUUUAUAACCUGAAGCAGCUGCAUGAGUUGCGCCUGGAUGGCAAUUUGCUGACUGCUUUCCCUUGGGGGUCUCUGCUGGAUGUGCCCAAUCUGAGGACGCUUGACUUGCACAAUAACAGGAUAAGCAGCGUGCCAAAUGCGGUGGUCAGGUAUCUGAAGAACCUUACCUACUUGGAUCUGUCAAGCAACAGGCUAACCACACUGCCACCAGAUUUCCUGGACAGCUGGUCUCAUUUAGCUAUGACACCAUCUAGAAGCCCGGACCUUCUUCCACCAAGGAGAAUUAUUCUUGGUUUACAGGACAACCCUUGGUUCUGUGACUGUCACAUUUCCAAAGUGAUCGAGCUGUCAAAAGUCGCUGACCAUGCUGUUAUACUUCUCGAUCCCCUGAUGGUCUGCAGUGAGCCUGAGCGCCUCCAAGGAAUCUUGUUUCAGAGGGCGGAGUUGCAACAGUGUCUGAAGCCGUCAGUGAUGACCUCGGCUACCAAGAUCACAUCUGCCCUGGGUAGUAACGUUCUGCUGAGGUGUGAUGCCACAGGCCACCCCACCCCACAGCUGAUGUGGACCAGAUCCGACAGCUCACCCGUUAACUAUACAGUAAUUCAGGAGUCUCCAGCAGAAGGAGUCAGGUGGUCCAUCAUAAGCUUGACGGGCAUCUCCUACAAGGAUGCUGGGGAUUACAGGUGUAAAGCCAAGAACCUGGCAGGGACCUCGGAAGCCGUGGUCACUGUAACAGUCGUUGGCGUUGUUACGACCAGCCCAUCACCGGAUACUUCAGAGAGAAGCCCCGGAGAGCACCCUGACCAGUAUCCGCAGCUGGGAUUAGGAAGAUCAACGCCUCUGUUUGAGCGGUUUUCCCCCGGGCUCUCUUCCACCUCGUCCCACGCUCCCUCAGGUGCUCUGUCCACAUCUACAUCGCGUCCUCGUUCCUUCUCUUUGCCUCCUGUCUUCUCCGCUGCCUCUGCAACCACAAGUGUAAAAGCCAGCAUCUCAGAAAACACCGUCAGGAGCAGCCACCCGCCGCUCCUGUUCCACCCCGCCGGGAAAAGCGAUGCAAAGAUAGAGAAGAACGGAAGUAAGUUUCCCCCGCUCAGCGCUAGUAAGAAAGAGGAGCUGGCAUUGUUGGAUCAGGCAAUGCCCACGGAAACAAACGUCACUAUCGAAGACCUCAGGGUGACAGGUGAGACUGACGUGAGUGUGACUUUGACAUGGAACAGCAACGGCAACACAGAAAAGUCUCCCGUGUCUGUGUUAUACUCCAAGUAUGGCGAGAAGGACCUGCUGCUAGCGAGUGAAGACUACGGCAAGAACCAGGCAACCCUAAAUGGCUUGGAGCCUGGCCGUCAGUAUGUGGCAUGUGUCUGUCCAAAAGGAGUGGCUCCCCGGAAGGACCAGUGUAUCACCUUUUCUACCAACAGGGUAGAAGGACAUGACUCACAGUGGUCACUCCUUAUCGUGGUGACCAGUACUGCCUGUGUUAUCAUCAUGCCCGUAAUUUGUUUUUUACUAUAUAAAGUCUGCAAACUGCAGUGUGCAUCAGACCCUUUCUGGGAAGACGAUUUGGCAAAAGAGACAUAUAUCCAAUUUGAGACCUUGUCACCCAGGUCACAAAGUAUAGGAGAGCUCUGGACCCGAAGGUGCAGAGAUGAUGGGGAAAAGUUGCUGCUGUGCUCUAGGUCGAGCGUGGACUCUCAGAUGAAUCUUAAAAGUGAUGGUCAUAGAGCAGAAUACCAUUGCUGAGCUUUUGCGGUGGAGAUGAAAGUGAGCAGAGAAGCCAGGGAUCUAAGGUUAUCACUGACCCUCCUUUGGACAGAUCGGGGUUUUUAUUGCUGCGAUGUAGCACCAUGACCGAGACAGCAUGGAACGGGAAAGGUUUAUCUGUGUAAGCUUCUACAUCACGGUUCAUUUUCAAAGGAAGUCUGGUCAGGAACUUAAACAGGACAGGAACUUGAAGGCAGGAGCUGACGCAGAGGCCAUGGAGGAGUGCUGCUUACCGGCUUGCUCCUCGUGCCUUGCUCAGCCUGCUUCCUUAGAGCAUCAGGACCACCAGCCCAGGGAUGGUUCCUGGGCCCUCCCACCACUAGUUCAGGAAAUGUCCUGCAUGCAUUCCCAAGGGAGGAUUGAGAGCAGGACUGGUGGCCAGAUGUGGUGAAGAAUCGUGGUGCUGCCCCUCAAACUGCUCCACAGUGGGUCUUGGGUGGGAGUGGGGUUGUUCUGCUUUCUGCCCUUUAUUGCCUUCUGAAUGCACUUUUGUGUGUCUCGGUGGAGGCUCCUACCAGGCUGGCUAAACCUGCCAAAACUAUUCUUGAGUUUUCCCAGCCUCCUGGGAAGAUGGACAGGCUCCUAUCUACAGUCUCACCCCUGGUUUGGGUUCCCUUGACAUUGCUUAAUGUGGCUGGAAAUCCUGCCAACGUUCUGAAUCACAGGUACACAGUGAGGAGGGCCACUGUAGAAGAGGCCAUUACACCAAACUCUAUGCCCCCUGUACAGUGAAGCACAGAAUAGAUUUUUAAAGUUGUGCCAGGAGUUCUGAGAUAUUCUGAGAAGCAAGUUCUGAUAAAAUUUAUUUUGUGUAAGACAUGUGUUGGCUUUUAAUGUACUACACCAUAGAAAUAAUACAUAGCAGGAGAAUU